CAGAACUUUGCAGAGGCUUGAAAGCCUGAGCAGGAUCAGAUGCAGUGCAGGAUUUCUGUCCCUGAAAUUCACCUAAAUUCAUACAAGGAUCAACUUUAUCUAUUUUGGACUUAGCUCAAGGAUAGAUAGACCCAUUCAAUCGUUUUUCUUUAAUUCUGGACUCUACUGGUAACUCACUGGACUGUUUUUUGGACUCUACUGGACUAAAUUGGACAUUCCGGGGUUAAUUCUUUGUAGUAAGCUCUUAUAAACUCUGAGGCAGCAGUAUUGGCAGUUUGAAUGGAUUUAUUUUACACUGCAGUUCCUUAAUUUUUGAAGAAUCUGGCCAUCCCAGAUAAAAUAAGGCAAAGAAAAAUAGCUUCAAAUAGCUCCUUUAGACCAAAUUAUGUAUUUAUUUCUUUUAAAAAAAAGUUAAGUCUGGAGUGGAAAACGGUAAUUUGUAAAACUAACAAUAGAAGCUCAGUUUGGCUCAGGUGAGUUUCAAUAACAGAGCAGAAAAGAAACCAGCUGCAUUACUGGAGUAUUUGUUUUGACAGUAAGGCUGGCAUUCUCAUUUAGAUGUUGGUGUAGUUUAAACUUCAUGUCUUGGAGGAUGCAAACAAUCAUCAGAAGCAGCAGCAGUUGCAGCAGGAUGAGUCUUCUGUGCGUGCUGUGGCUGCUGACGGUCUGUCUGGCUCCUGGGAGCCGAGCUCAGAGGCUGAAGGAAGCAGAGAGGGAGAAGCCAGCAGAGAAAGUUCCGCUUAUGGAGAGCGAUGGAGUCUGUUACCAAGAAGGAUGUUACGCUGUCUUCCUCCAGAAGAAGACCUUCAGGGAGGCUGGGCGCAGCUGCCGAGAGCGCGGAGGGACCUUGGCGACGAUUUAUAACCAAGAAGCUGCAGCUGUCGUCCACGACCUGCUGUCAGCCAUCGAGACACAGGGAUCUGAGUCAAAGCUUUACCUCUGGAUUGGGUUGCACAGACCUCCACGUCAGUGUUCAUCCACCCGACCGCUCAGAGGAUUCGUCUGGGUCACAGGAGACCAGAAUGUCCAGUUCACCGACUGGCUCAAAGAAUACUCCCCAUCAACUUGUGGAGUCUAUCGCUGCGUUUCCAUGAUUGUUCACACAUCUGAGAGCGGGCGUGAGAGCGAAGAAAACUUCCAGUGGCUUGACGGCUCCUGCUCGGUUCCACUGAAUGGCUAUGUUUGCCAGUACAACUACAAAGGCAUGUGCCCACCUCUUGAAGAUGAGGGUAGAGGUUCACCUGUUUACACCACCCCAUUUUACCUUGCCAGCAGUCUGCUGACUCAUGUGCCAUUUGGGUCUGUGGCCACCGUGCAAUGCCCUGCAGACGGCGCAAAUCCAGAUCCUACUGAGAAGACUGCUCUGUGCAUCCAGAGAGACGACGAAACAGUGGGCUGGUCCACCGAUUCUCCACUUUGUCCACCCAUUGAGGAACCACAGAGCCAAGACUGGUGUAGCAAGAACCACGGAUGUGAGCAGCACUGCCAGAACACAGACACAGAUUACUACUGUUACUGCUCUGAGGGCUUCACAGUAGAUAAGGAUGGAUACAGCUGCAAGCCUGACACGCUGAGCCAAACCAACCCACCUGAGCUAUCUGACUCUGCAGGUCCCACCGACUUGCCUCACAUCAACCCGGCCUGUGUGGAGAUGGGGUGUGAGUAUAACUGCAUGGAGACCCAACGGGGUCUUCGGUGCACAUGCCCCCCAGGCUAUCAAAUGGCUCCAGAUGGCCGCAGGUGUUCCGAUGUAGAUGAAUGUCAGCAAGGACCGUGUCCCCAGCUCUGUGUCAACAUCCCAGGUACCUUCCACUGCACCUGCCUUUCAGGGUAUCAGCCAGACGACGAGGGCGAGUGUGUGGAUGUGGAUGAAUGCCUCGAUGAUGGCAGCUGUGAGGGUGUGUGUGAAAACACAGUGGGGUCCUUCAGGUGCAUGUGUGGCGCUGGCUAUGAGGUGGGCAGCGAAGGAGAGUGUGUAGAUAUAGAUGAGUGUGCAAGGGAGUCGCCCUGCCAACAGCACUGUCUCAACCUCAUCGGAGAUUACGAGUGUUUCUGCGACAAUGGCUACGACCUGCAGUUAGACAGACACACCUGCCAGCCUUCGCUUGAAGACGAAGAGUAUUCUACUCUGACCCCCGACCCAGGUAACUCUGUUCAUGUAGCCAUCUUUGACCAUGAUAUUCCCUGGUCCUCUUCAUUCACUCCUGACCCAAACUUUGAAGUUGACACCAACUUUGAUGCUGACUGGGUGACAGAGGCCCCUGAAGGACUUCCCCCUGAUGGGUCUCACAGGUCAGGAAAUCACCUAAACCAGUGGGACACCCUGUCACCCAGGGGAUAUCAGACAUCCCCGUCCCCGACGCAAAAAGGCAACAUAGACAAUGAAAUUAAUAAUGGUGUGGAUGCUGAUGCAGGAAGUAGAGACUCUGGUCCAGGUGUGGCAGAGGACACUGCAAAUGGUUCAAAUUCAGAGGAACCUAACAUGGGUGGUGCAGAAGAAGCUAGCGUCAAAGCUACGGCAGAAGCAGAGUCUGCUGAAGGUCAACGGAAGCACGACAAGAGCUGGCUGCUCGUGGCCCUCCUGGUGCCCCUGUGUGUGUUCCUGGUAGUAAUGCUAGCUCUGGGGAUUGUUUACUGCACCAGCUGUGCUGUGGACAAGAGCCUUCGCUUUUCAGACUGCUAUCGCUGGAUACUCCCCACAACGCCUCCUGAGAGGAGGGAAGUGAAAACCCAAGCAUGAAACCAAAAAUAAUCAAACACGCACGGAUGUCCUUAAAAUGCAAAUGUCUGUUAAGAUUUGUCUAAAACUGCUAUCCACUCAUCAAGAAAACUUUUCACUUUUGUCCUCUUGCACAGCUUUUGUAAAUAAUGUAGUCUGCCAUCAUUUUUUUUGUUUUGUUUUUGUUUGUUUGGUUUUUU